UACAAAUUCUCUCUAUUUCAAAAAAUUUCCCUUUUUUCCUUUCUUCAUAUAUUAAUUACUUCUUAUAUCUUAUGUUUUAGCCUCUCACCCUCACCAUUGAUUAAAUAAAAAAAAAAAAACAAAACUUUCUUUUCUCUACAAAUCCAUGGCUAAGUUGAUGGUUCUUCUCAAUCUCUUGUUAUUCCUUGGUUGCUUUGCUUCCAUUUCUCAAGGCCAAUUGCAAUUUGGAUUCUAUGCUCAAUCUUGUCCUAACGCCAAAUCCAUCGUUCGUUCCGUUGUGAACGACGCCAUUCGAAAUGAUGCCACCAUGGCUGCUGUAUUGCUCCGCCUCCAUUUUCACGAUUGCUUUGUAGAGGGUUGCGAUGGUUCGAUCUUGGUCGACAAUGGGGCAAGGUCUGAGAAACUUGCUUUCGGGCAUCAAGGAGUGCGGGGGUUUGAUGUAAUAGAAAGAGCCAAGAGAGAACUGGAAACACGAUGUCCUGGAAUUGUUUCUUGUGCUGAUAUCGUAGCUAUGGCUGCUAGAGAUGCCAUUGUUUCGGCAAAUGGGCCGGACUACGAUAUUCCAACCGGACGGAGAGACGGUAGAGUUUCGGAUGUAUCUCUGGCGAGUGAGCUGCCGGAUGUGAGUGAUUCAAUUGACGUUUUGAAGAGGAAAUUUGCAGAGAAAGGGAUGAAUGAAAAGGACUUGGUUUUACUAACAGCUGCCCACACAAUCGGAACCACCGCAUGCUUCUUCAUGACAAAUCGCCUCUACAGCUUCCCGGGCGGGGGGUCGGACCCGAGCAUAAACCCGGCGCUGCUACCGGAGCUACAGUCGCAAUGUCCUAGAAAUGGCGACGUGAAUGUCCGACUUGGCAUCGACCGUGGCAGUCCGGGCAAAUUCGACAUCAGCAUUCUUCAAAACAUAAGAAACGGCUUUGCCGUCCUCGCCUCCGAUGCUAGUCUAAACGACGACCCAUCGACCCGAGCCAUCAUGGACUCGUACUUUAGCCCUCUUUCCCCCAUUCUUGGCCCCUCAUUUCAACGUGAUUUUAUCAACUCCAUUUUGAGAAUGGGGCAGAUUGGGACUAAAACUGGCUCUCAAGGAGAGAUUCGAAGGGUUUGUUCUGCUUUUAACUAAGGGUAUGGUAAAUUGUUGUUAUUAUUAUUCAUAAUUUUGAGUUACUAAUGCAUGCAUGCAUGUUGAUUAUAUAAUUUUAUUCUAAAAUGGGGAGAAUUUUAUCUGUGAUCA